AUGGCGCGAGGGCAAGCGGGCGGGGCGCAGUCGAGCUCUGCUCGCGAUAUGAAGAUGUUCCUGCGGAACCGCAUGUGGCGCGACCACUGGUACGUGCUGGUGUCCGUGGGCGUGAUCGUGGUGGCGCUCUUCGGCUCGGCGUUCCUGCAGUUCUCCACGUCGCAAGACCACGUCUACCGCCUCGAGGUGUCGGACUCGGCCAUGAUGGAGCGCGUCUUCCGCUCCGGGGAGCCCUGGGUGGUGCUGUGCUCGGGGCCAGACGACGUGCUUCCCGAGGUGUUCGACAAGGUGUCGCCGCGUUUGGCGGGCAAGAGCUUCGUGGGGGUCUUGGACUGCAAGCAGAAGCUGCCGACGUCGGGCAAGUCGGUGCUCAAGCGCUACGGCAUCCGGACCAGCAUCUCGCCCACAGUCUUCACGGUGGCCAAUGGGGAGAAUCCCAAGCAAGUUUUCCUCAACCACCUGCAGUCGGCCACGGCGCUGGCCAAACACGUCAAGGCCCGGACCAAGAAGACCAUGCAGCAGGUGCAGAACUCGGCGCAGCUAGAGGCGCGCUGUCUGUCGCGGUCCGGAUGCGUGCUCUUCCUUAGAGGACAGCGGUUUCAGCCGUAUGAGAAGCAGUGGAUCGACAAGCUCAUGCACAAGCACCGCACGCUGAGUUUCGCCUGGAUCGACUCGACGCGCUUAAAGCUGUCGCUCGAGAACCUGCUGCCAGAUGCUGAACGGGGCCAGCACCGCAUGGUGCUCUUCCGGCGCCAACGUGACCCUGAUACGCGCAAGAAGGUGCUGGCGGCGAAGGCGUAUCGUGAUAAUGUGCUUGAUGCUGUGUCUGUGGCGACGUUCCUCGAUGACAACGCUCACGCAGAUUCACUCAAACCCCUUGCCAAGUCUCCGAAGGUCUUGCAUCGGAAGAAGAAGAGCAAGGCGUCGCAACCGGAGGCAACAGGAGACAGCGAACAAAGGCGUCCCAGGCGUGACGCGGAGGAAAAGGGCGACGACUACUACUUCCCACAGCACGUGGAGCACGACGAAGAUGAAGAUGCCGACUCAGUCGACGACAUUGAAGAGGAAGAAGACGUGCUGGACCUCGACGACGGCAAUGACGGCGACUAG